AAAAAAAAAUACAGUGCAGGAGUGAGAGUUCUCCAGUGCGGACCCUCCUUGUAUUGCGAUGUUUUCCUGGAGUACGGUGCAGAGGCUCGCCAACGUCUCCAAGUUCGUUGCCGCAGGACACAACUCUCCUUACCUGCAUACCGGUACUUGUCCACAACUUGAAGGCACACCCGCGAGAACCACACGCAUAGAAACCCGAUACCAAAUUCAAGACUGUGGGUUUCAGGGAAGCUGUUCUGAGCAUCGCGGCUUGCGCUCGAGUAUAAUUACUGUGCUCGCAUCAAUUCGCUUCCGCCACCCCUAGUCUACAUGGGAUCACACCUCCAAGUCGCCGCCCCCCCCCAGUCACCCAAAAAGGACCCGCCUUGCCCGUCUAGCGCUCCACAUUCGGACGCAUCUUUCAGGCUACAUAUUGACUCUGCCUCCUCCUCCACUCUUUCAGUUCUUUUCUCGCUUCUUUCCCGUAAAACUUUCAACCAUCUGCACUCCGCCGAGGAAACGUUGAUACGACCUCCCCCACGAACGACCCUCUAGGCGCGUGGUCCACUUGUAAAUCCGGGGACCCCCUUCUGGAAUCAACCACGCUCAUUCAUUCGCCUUUUUUGGGAGUGCCUUGCCCUCGAUAUUUUUGUGAUUUGGAGAAGGGAGGAAAAGAAAAGGUGAUUCUUUGGGUUGGAGACAGUUGGAUCAUACAAUACAAAUACACUUGGACAACCCUCAGUCGCAUACAUUCACACAACCAGACAAUAUGUCGCAAUCAUCAAGGCCCUCUUGGAGGUUAGUCCUCACAACUCUUCUCGCAACCGCCAGCCUUGCAACAGCACAUUUCGAACUUCAGUAUCCUCCAUGGCGAGGAAAUACUCUGAAAGAUGAUAUGCAAUGGCGGUAUCCAUGUAUGAUCACCAACCAACUCCCUUCUAUUUCGAACGAAGGACUUGAAGCUAAACGAUCACAUAGGCGGUGGAAUUUCCGUAACACCCAACAGAACAAAGUUCCCACUCAGCGGAGGUGAUAUCUCAAUUGUCCCAGGCUGGAAUGCCGGCCAUCCAUCGGCAUUCUUCUACGUUAACAUGGGCUUCGGCUCCACUCCUCCGAACAUGACGAACGUUAUGCACCCGAUUUUUCAAAUGACCGGGCCGAGCAGAGAUCCAUACCCGGGCUCUUUCUGUCUCCGAGAUGUUCCGCUACCCGUCAACGCUUCUGUGAAAGCUGGUGAUAAUGCUACUAUUCAAGUGAUUCAAGUAGCAAUGCACGGCGCCUCGCUUUACAAUGUAAGUGCGAACUGAACACAUUCCUCCUUCCCACCUUCGGCAUAACUGCAUUUCAGAAUUGUUGUUGGUGUUGUCAAUGUUAGUGAACCUAUGCUCACUGUUUCAUGAAUAGUGCGCCGACAUCACAUUUGUGGAACCGGGAGAGGAAGACAAGAUGCCGGAUGGGAUGUGCGUAAACAGUACGACAUUUAAUUUCAACCUCGUAUACACAACACGAUCCUCAUCCAUCAGCUCAAGGAAUCCAUUUGACAAGACCACGAUGAUCGCAGUGAUGUUUGGUGGUCUCUUGCUGAGGGCCUGGCUGUAACGGUUUUGGCUGCCGUAUGAUUCCACGAAAGGGGUGUGGUGGGCGUUCAGAGUAGGUUGAGACUACAAUAUUUUAAUGGCUUCCAGGGUCCCUUUUUUUUCCCCCCCCGACCCUUAAAUUAUUCCACUUCUUAUGUAUAAAGUAUUAACCAUACUGCUUUUUUUUAUAUUUAUUUACCACGUCGUUUUGGCUUUUGGGUCGUUUGGGUGUCUUUGGUUUCUUUCUUUCUUUCUUUCUUUCUUUCUUAUCACUUUGCUCCGCCUUCCCUUUCGACCGAUUUUGAUCGGCCCUUCCAUUUCCAUUAUUGUUACUCUUAGUUUAGAUGACGGAGUAAGCAGGUGACGGAUGGAUAGGUCAGAGGUGGCGGAGAACUGUACAUGCAUGCCUCACCGGGCACAAAAGAGAAGAGUUUUACCAGAUCUUCAAAGAUUGGUCGAAAAUUCUUUGUAUACCUUUUUUUUUCUUCUUUUCACUUUUCGUUCCUACGCAUUUGGUCCCGGAGCAUAGAGGUCUGAUUACUCGUCCUUUCC